GGUCACAUGAUCCUCCGCAGCAGUCAGGCCACUCUCGGCUUCUCCCCAGCCUUGGCUCCAAAUGUCGGAGGUGUUUGUACCUGGAAGAAAUGGACUCUGGCAAUGCACGAAUUUGAUCAUUCAGAGGUCCGAUCUGUUGAAUCUGUGAAUGGCGCCAAAACAGGACCCUAAACCUAAAUUUCAAGAAGGUGAAAGAGUCCUGUGCUUUCAUGGGCCACUGCUCUAUGAAGCAAAGUGUGUCAAGAUCAACAUUAAGGAUAAGCAAAUUAAAUACUUCAUUCACUACAGCGGAUGGAACAAAAACUGGGAUGAAUGGGUUCCUGAAAGCAGAGUUCUUAAAUAUGUGGACAGCAACCUUGCAAAACAACGAGAGCUUCAAAAGGCCAAUCAGGAUCACUAUGUUGAGGGAAAGAUGAGGGGUUUAGCACCAAGCAAGAAGAUUGCUGCUGUGCAGCAAAAAAAUGUGGAUCUGAAAGUUAAAAAGGCAAAACAGAAGACCCCAGGGCCGGGUGAAGGCACCAGCAGUGGGGAAAUGCCCCAGGGACCGCGGAAGAAGAGGGCUCGGGUUGAUCCCACUGUGGAGAGUGAGGAGAUGUUUACCAACCGUGUGGAGGUUAAAGUUAAAAUCCCUGAGGAGUUAAAACCCUGGCUGGUGGAUGACUGGGACCUCAUCACACGACAGAAACAGUUAUUUCAUCUGCCUGCCAAGAAGAAUGUUGAAAUGGUUUUGGAGGAAUAUGCAAACUACAAGAAAUCAAAAGGAAACUCUGACAACAAGGAGUAUGCAGUAAAUGAAGUGGUUGCAGGGAUUCGGGAGUACUUCAAUGUCAUGCUGGGCACUCAGCUUCUUUAUAAGUUUGAGAGGCCACAGUAUGCGGAGAUCCUGGCUGAACACCCGGACUUGCCAAUGUCUCAGGUGUAUGGAGCUCCACACCUGCUGCGUCUAUUUGUUCGCAUCGGAGCCAUGCUGGCUUACACUUUACUUGAUGAGAAAAGUCUGGCUUUGCUGCUCAGUUACCUCCAAGAUUUCCUCAAAUACCUGGUAAAGAAUUCUGCCACCCUCUUCAGUGCCACUGACUACGAGGUCGCACCCCCAGAGUACCACCGCAAAGCUGUUUGAGAGCUCUUAGCAGCACGACACUCGGUGAUCGACGCGGCACUUGUGAAAUAACCAUUACUACGCUCUGGAGUGCAGACUUGGAUGAGCUUUUUCACUUGAACUGUUAUGCGUAUGACAAAAGUCUCAGGAGCUUGUCAAGGUUUUUUAUUU